AUAGGGCGCACUCUACUUGCGCUAGAAUUCAAUGCUUUGUGUAUUAAACCUCAAAUUGUAAAUAAAUAUAUUUUCAAAUUAUUUUUAUAAUGUUUUUAUCUGUAUUUAAAGAGAUUGAAUACACCUCAAUUAUUUAAAAAUGUAUCAAGAUUCCCCUUACUCUGUAGUUUGUGGACAAGAAGAUUAUGAUAUUGAAGAAGAAAACGAAGAUUAUAUAGACGAUGACCGCGAUCUUGAUGAUCAAGAUGAAACUGAUGAAGAUACAGAGGAAGCUAGUGAAACUGAUAUGGGAAAAUCUGAAGAAUAUACUGAAAUUAAAGAACAAAUAUAUCAAGACAAAUUAGCUAGCCUAAAAAAACAACUACAGCAGUUGAAAGAUGGUACACAUACUGAAUAUAAUCGAAAAGUCAAGCGAUUGGAAUCUCAAUAUAAGGAAAGACUGCGUUUGAAUAUAAUUUAUAAAGAUUAUUUGACAGAAUGUGUUGAAAGAGAUUAUAUAUUGGAUAAAAAAGCUGCUAUUAAAGAAUUUGAAGAAAAAAAAACUGAUUUGAAAGAAAAUUUAGUAGCUGAUAUGGAAGAAAAGCGUAAAAUGAUUGAAUCAGAUAGAUAUUCAAUGGAGCUAACAGGCGACUCAACUGAGAUAAAACCAAUUAUGACAAGAAAAUUACGAAGACGUCCGAAUGAUCCUGUACCUGAAAAAGUUGAAAAACGAAGAAAGCCACCUCCAGCUCAAUUAAAUUACUUAUUAGAUGAAAAAGAAAUUGAAAAUGACUUAAAGGCUAUCAGUCGUGGAAAAAUAUUGACUGGUAACCGUAAACCAGUUGUUACGCAACACUAUAAUACAGGGAACAUAGUAAAUCAGCAUAUUCCAAUUCCAAUAGAUACAGUUUUAGUUGAAACAAGGAUAGAAGAUGGUAAACUCUUAUAUGAAAGAAGAUGGUUCCAUAGAGGUCAACCAGUUUAUGUAGAGGGAAAAGAUUUAUCUCGAUUUUCAGCAAAUAUUUCAGCAAUUGGGACAGAAGCUAUUUGGGUAAAGAAAGUUUCAGAUAGUAGUAAAGUAAGAAUAUAUAUUUCUCAAUUAUGUCGAGGAAAAAUUUCUAUUAAGCGCAGAGCUUCCUAGCUGUAUAAUUCUUGUAAAAAAUGAGGAUUGCUGGUGAUUCAAAUAUUUUAUUUAUAAAAAAUAAACAUUUUGUUAUUUGAAUGCUUAUUUAUAAACAUU